UAGAAGUCCUUCUCCUUCUCCUAAAAUGUCAAGUUCUCGUUUAAAAUUUGAUAAUGAGAUUUUAGGUAAUUUAGAGGAUAAUACUGAUGUUUUGGAAGAUUCUAUGCCUGAUUUUCCAUUCUAUAAUAAAGAUAUAGGAGCUACUAAUAAUCGGCUAGAAGAGGAGAAAGUUAGAUUACUUUGA